AAACAAUAUGUCUAUAAAUAGCAUCGCUGCUGAUACACGAUGCAUUCGUUACUAUGGCGUUCAGAGAUAAAGUCGUCCUAGUCACCGGAGGCAGCUCCGGUAUCGGCAAAGCCAUAGCCAUACAUUUCUCUAAAGAAAAAGCUAAAGUUGUCAUCAUUGGUCGUACUAAAGCAACUAUAGAUGCAGUGAAGGAUAUUUGUACGGCGAAUAGUGGUAAUGACGCUAUGGGGAUACAAGGGGAUGUCAGCAAGGAUGCUGAUGUUGAAAUGAUUGUUAAUAAAGUCACUGCAUCGUACGGACGGCUGGAUGUGCUCGUGAACAAUGCUGGGGUGUUUAUAUCUGAUGAUAUUUUUACGGCUACUAUGGAAAACUUCGACGCGCAUGUAAAUACGAAUCUAAGAGGGACUUUUAACCUGACGAGACAAUUUGUGCCACUUCUUAUCAAGUCAAAAGGUAAUGUCAUUAACAUAUCCGGGGUGGAAGCGGUCAAGUACGUGGAAGGGCUGCUGACUGAGAGUCUGUCAAAGGCGGCGAUACAGCAUUUGACGAAGUAUGUCGCUUACGAACUGGGGCCGAAGAAAGUUCGCUCUAACUCUGUAGCUCUGGGCUAUGUCACGGGCACGAAGAUUAUAGAGAGAGCGAAUAUAGAUCCCGAGGAGUUCGGCCGAGAGAUUCUCCCAAGCGUGCCCCUAGGAGAGUUCAUCAAACCAGAGGACGUAGCCAAGACAGUAGCUUUCAUUGCUAGCGAUGCUGCCAGACAUAUCACUGGACAGAACAUAGUUGUGGAUGGCGGCUUUUCCUGCCAUUAGUGACAAAGAUCAUCUUAUUAUGGCUCCUCUACACGAUGGCCCAGCGCUGAACCAGUGAGAUGGCCCUGUGAUGGUGAUGGCUCUUCUAUACGAUGACGCAGCGUUGGACCAGCGAGAUGGCUAUGCGAUGGUUGAAACGCAUCUACCCGAUAUAGUUCUGUAAUGGAUGUGGGCCGGUAUGAUGGCCCAUCGUAUAGAGGAGCCAUUAACCAUAUUUUUGCGUGACCAUAUUAUCGCACGAAUUUAUUGUUUGUGAAUUGUGAUUGUGGCUGUACGAAAAAGUGUAGAAGCGGUUAUACUUUUCAUAACAUUGAGACUUUUUAUGUAUGUACUUAUUAUUAAAUAAAAGAGGGAAAUAGUUAUUUGUUUUACAAGGGGGCAAA